CAGAUUUUGAACCGUGUGGGACACAGCGAGAGAGUCAAAGCAGUCACUUUACUGUUUACGUACCUUUUUUCCCACUUCCAAUGACGAUUUCGCAUUUCAUUUUUUAAGAAGUUGUUGUUAUCUAGAUAAAACAUUUGGAAAGCAGCUGCUGGAAAUUUGGAAAGCAGCUGCUUUCCAAAUUUUUGAAAUGCGAUUUCGCAUUUCAUUUUUUAAGAAGUUGUUAUCUAGAUAAACAUUUUGGAAAGCAGCUGCUUUCCAAAAUUUUGGAGAACCAGAGAAAUCUUUACACUUCUGCAGAUUGCUGAAGAUGGGUCAUGUUGGAAGACAGCAGCUGUACUAGCAGCACAUGGGAGUAUAUGUCCUUGUUUACGUCCUGAGGAAGCAGCCACAGCUCCCCACUCUGUUUCAGGCUAUUGUCUGCUGGCUGUCAACACUUAGCCUUCCAGCUUCUCCAAAUUGUCCUACAUUUCCCCAAAAUGAAUUUCGACCAGAUCCUGUCUGCAAUCGGAGGCUUCGGAAGGUAUCAGAAAAUUCUGUACAUAUGGAUUUGUUUACCACAGAUCCUCCUCGCCUUCCACAUGAUGGUGAGCAUAUUCACGGGAUCCACGCCGCCCCACCACUGCCGAGAGAGCUCCAACUCAGUGACCGGGAAUCAGUCCUCAUUCCCGGGUACACUCAGUGGAAACUUCAGCCUCUCGGAUUCCUCCUGUUUCUCUUCGGAUGUCAACUGGACUGAGCGUGUCCCAUGUGCACCGGGCUGGGUGUACAGCAAGGAGACUUUCCAAAGUACCACAGUCACCGAGUGGGACCUGGUGUGUGACAGGGCGGGACUGAACAGUCUCGGGUCAUCUGUCUACAUGUUCGGUCUGCUGGUGGGGUCAGUGGUGUUUGGAGCCAUGGCUGACAGGUACGGCCGACGUUUCAUCCUGCUGCUGUCCAUUGCUCUGCAGACAUUGUUUGGAGUCGCCGUGGCCUUUGCACCCAACUUCCCCAUCUAUGUGACUUUACGCUUUCUAGUUGGCACCACGAUAUCGGGAGUCAUCAUCAACGCCUUUGUGCUCGGCACUGAGUGGACUUGCACCAAGAGACGCAUGCUGGCCGGUAUAAUCACCGACUAUGCAUUUGGUCUGGGCUACAUGCUGCUAGCGGGCGUGGCAUACUUGAUACGAGACUGGAGAAAGUUGCAACUGGCUAUAUCGGUCCCCGGUUUCCUGCUCAUCUUCUAUAUAUGGGUUAUUCCUCAGUCGGCCCGAUGGUUGUUGGCAAACGACAGAGGGGAGGAAGCCAUCACACUCCUCCGCAAAGCAGCACUCGUGAACGGCCGUGUCUUACCUCCUGCUGUACAAGUUGAGAAGUUAAGUGGAGGGAAGCAAAGUUACUCAGCUGUGGAUCUCGUAAGAACUCCUCAAAUGAGAAAGAGGGCUUUCAUCUUGUUCUACAUCUGGUUUGUGAAUGUACUGGUGUAUUACGGCCUCUCCCUGGGUGUGUCCAGGCUGGGGACGGACAUCUAUCUGACCCAGUUUGUGUUCGGGUUGGUUGAGAUUCCGGCUCGUACUGUCGUCCUGCUCGUCCUGCUCGUCCUGCCCUUCAGUCGCAGACUCUCCCAAAGUGGAUUUCUGGCUGUCGGAGGCCUCGCCUGUCUGCUCAUUCUCACCGUCCCUGCAGAUUAUCCCAAUGUCCAGGCUGGUCUUGCCAUGGUGGGAAAGUUUGGCAUAACAGCUUCCUUUGCUGUGAUCUAUGUGUACACUGCUGAGAUAUUCCCCACUGUGCUUCGGCAAACAGGAAUAGGUGUAUCCUGCAUGUUUGCAAGGAUGGGCGGUGUGUUGGCUCCCAUGAUAAACAUGCUCCACAGCCAAAGCGCCACUACACCUCUGCUCAUCUUCGGUACCACCCCGCUGCUCGGGGCUUUCCUGGCCCUGGCGCUGCCCGAAACGGCCGACAGACCCCUGCCUGACACGCUGGAGGACGCAGAGAACUGGGACAUGAGCAUCGAGAAGGCUGAGAUAUCUGAGGAGAUGAGCCAAUCAGCAAGCUGCACUGAAGAGCAGGAGCUAAAACGCCUCGCAGGCCAGGUCUAACUGUGUGUGAAAUGUGCCAAAAUUCAAUUAUUCACAUAAAUACAACAACCUCACCUUUGUUACCAGGUACUGUACUUAACAAGAGACACUACAGACUUCCUCACAUCCACUGGUUGAUAUUGAGAUUUGGGGCUAUUCUGCUUCUAUUACACAUUAGGGGUUUACUUUACUAAACUUUGUAUAUUGUCAUCUCUAGAUUCCUCCUAAAUUAGCAUUUGUUAAUGAACCAUUUGCACGUUUAAUCAAACCAUUUCCUUGAUAUACAAAGAACAAUUUCAGUCAACUAUAGAAGUUUUAUAAAUGAGUUCAAUUUGCACAUUUAAAGAAAGAUUUCAGAAAAACAUGUCAUAUGUCAAAAUCAUUUCCUUAAGGGGAAAUGUGCCGGUGAUAUCUAAUAGUUCAAAUGCUCUACCCCUUCACCUGUAGUGUUAACGUUAAACCCUCUAUGCAAUACAUUAGGAGCUCUAUGCAAACACACCAAACUGAAACGCACAAAUCAUGCUUUUAUAUUUGCUGACGAAGAAGAUUUAACAGCCUACAGUUUUUGAAAAUGAAAUCUUGCUUUACAAUGUUCUCGAGAAGUGGUUAUAUGUACUUGACAUACGUGGUGAGACAGAAUAAAUAGCUCCCCAUCAGAGUUUGCAGGAAGACCCAGAUUGCAUGAUUGCAUUAACGUCAUCUUUUUCAGGACUGAAGGAUUUGUUAUUAAAAGAACUCGUACGAUAUUUUUAUAUAAAAAGUGUACCAUGUCUGUGGACUGUUGUUGGAAUACCAUUGUGGUACUUUACUGCUGUAUUGAAAAAGCAAACUGCCUCGUUUUCUUUACUCUCAAGCCAAGAGAAAUAAAGCUAGUCGAGUGAGAUUGCAUGCACUAGUUACCUUUAUUAAAGUAGCGUUUUGUCAGACUUGCGUAGCUCAGUUGCUGUUUUUUACGGAUACUUUUGGAUGUUUUUGUGAUGAGCAUGUGAAAAUAUAUUUGAUAUCAGCAUCGUUUGUAAAGGUUUGCUGUCUUUAUCAUAUCGACUUAAACUGAGAUGUACAAUGGAUCUGUAUCAUGACAUGGAUCUGUGAAAUAUCUUUUGACUUUUUCUAUUACGUUUUUAAGGGCUGUUAUUGUUAUGAAUAAGAAUUUGUGAUACAUCAAAUGGCAUGCAUCAGAAGUAUUGGUUAUGCAUUAUGCAAUGUCCCUCGAGAAAAAGACUCAAAAAGAUUUGAUUCUCCAAAAUAUAUUAUUCCCAUCGCCAGGAAGUCAGUGAAUCCUUUUGCUAGUGCGUGACUCUACAAAGCAUGCAUUACAGCUGCCCAACAGCGUUUGAACAUGAUUGUUUACCAAGAAAAGGGUCCCGGAAGCCAUAACACUUUGUAACUUCUUUAUCGCAUUGAUUCCAGACCACUGCAUUUGAGUGCAACAUCAAAAGCACGAGAACAAAUGAAAAUGUGACAAAAUGUACAACUGAAUUGAAGGCACUGCAGAUAUGUGGCACUAGCAAUAAACUUGUUAAAACCUGUUUGGA